AUGCUGGCGGCCUACGCGGUCAUCCUGGCCACGGGCCUCCCCGCCAACCUGCUGGCGCUGCGGGCCUUCGUGGGGCGGCUCCGGCGGCCCCGGCCGGCCCCCGCGCACGUCCUGCUGCUGAGCCUCACGCUGGCCGACCUGCUGCUGCUGCUGCUGCCGCCGCCGGUCAGGAUGGCGGAGGCGGCGCGCGGCUUCGCGUGGCCGCCGCCCCGGGCGCUGUGCGCGCCCGCGGCCUUCGCGCAGUACAGCGGCGUCUACCGCAGCACGGGGCUGCUGGCGGCCCUCAGCGCGGAGCGCUACCCGGGCGUGGCCUUCCCGGUGAGGUACCAGCUGGCGCGGCGGCCCCUGCACGGGCUGCUGGCCGCGCUGCUGCCCGUGCGCCUGGAGCUGGGCCUGGCGCUCUUCCUGCUGCCCCUGGCCGUCACCGCCUUCUGCUACUGGCGCCUGGUGCGGCUGCUGCGGGGCCAGGCCCACGCCGGGCCGCGGCGGCGCAGGGCGGCCGGGCCGGCCGCCGUCAGCCUGCUCAGCUUCCCGCUCUGCUUCGGGCCCUACAACGCGUCCCACGCCGCGGGCUUCUACCUGCGCGCCAGCCCGCCCUGGCGCGCGCACGCCCUCGUCUUCGCCGCCCUCAACGCCGGCCUCGACCCGCUGCUCUUCUACUUCUCCUCUUCCGCGGUGCGCAGAACUUUCUGGAAAGGGGUGACGCGGUGCCGUCGCCGGAGCGCCGCCGCUCUGUGGGGAUGCAGAGCCAAGGAGAUGGCGGAGGCCGCCGGGGGGAGCCCAGGCCCGGGCCACGCCGCCGGGGCCAAGCAGGGCUCAGAGUCUCCCCCCGGCUAG